AAAAUAUUCUUACAGCAGUAAAAGUAAAUUGUCUAGUACUUUCUGAACCUUGGAGAAAUCAAAAUGUUGUGGAAAAGUUUGUGCCUUAUUUUUGCAUUAAUUACAUUAGUGAACUGCGAUGCCAGGAUUAGAUUUAGAUUCUUCCAUCAAGGAGCUGCAGUCGGUGAUUAUACAACAGCAAACUUCUUCGAGAUAAUCAGUCAUCCAAAUUUCGUUCGUACUAGACAAACUGUAAUGUUCCAUCAUAGCGAAGACAACACACUUACUACACCUCAAGUUCAAGAUGUUUUGAACUCAUACGCAGUUAAUGCGGAUCUGAACUUCGUUAUGAUUCAUUAUGAUAACGCAAAUACAAUCAGUACUGGAAACUCUGUUGACUUGGCAGCUGGAAUAUCUGACAGUCUUCUUUUCCUUUUCAACUCUGGCUACAACUCUGGAUUAAUGUCACUUAUUGGUCAUGGUCUUGGAGCGCAAAUUAUGGCUCGCGCAUCUAGAAAUGUCCAAACUGACUCAAACAGACGCCACAUCAUUGGCAGACUUACAGGAUUAGAUCCACUUGACAUUGGAUUAAUUACUGGUCUUACUCUUGGUCGAUUGAGCUCAAUUGAUGCUCAGUGGGUUGAAUCAGUUCAUACAGAAUCAGGCAGUUUUGGUGAUUUAGGAUCAAAUGGUCACAUUGCAUUCUUUGUCAAUGGCGGUGAAACUCAACCAAUGUGUGGUCAAACACUUCCUGGUGCUAGAGCACGUUGCAGUCACGAAUUCGGAAUGACAUACUGGGCUGAGUCUGUUCGUUCAGCUGUUCCAAUUUUCCCAUCACUUCAAUGUGACACCUGGAAUAACUUUAUGGUUGGACAGUGCAACAACAACUUUGUUUCUUACAUGGGACGUGCUAACUGGUCUGCUAAUUUGAGAGGAACUUAUUAUUUGCAGACAAACAUUCAGGCUCCAUUCACUAGAGAUCGUGCACCUCCAUUUUAAAAUUGCUAGAUUUUAGUGGAUUGUUUUAUGAAGAAUAAAAGAAUUUUUGACUUGCAUGAAAUUUUAACUUUUUCCUUUAUGAUACUUGAUUUUGAAGGAUGCCAGGACCGAAAGUUUUAGAUGUGUUCUAGUACACAGUCCAGGAUAUCUCUGCAAUAUAUUUCAGAUCAUACAAAAAUACUAUAUGUGCAAGAACUUACUAGACUGAAAUCACCUUUUCCAUCGUUAUCAUAAACAUUUUUUGAAAUAAAAAAUCCCACAACUAUAGCAAAUGUAC